UAUUAUGCAUUUUACGCGUCCCUUCAGCUGUGGCGCUGCAACCACUGGAGCUCACUGCAGGAAUGGCGCAAGACGCAGCGGAACUGCAGCUGCCCAGCGUGAGCGGAUGGAGCGUAUAUUUGGUCAAGGAUGCAUCGGAUCCCAUAGUUGCGGACUUUCUCGACUUGAAGGAUCCAGGUAGCCACCUGUCACGCGAAGGAAGUCAUUUCAUCGUGGAGGGCCCUGAGGCCAUCCGCUUGCUGUUGGCCAGCCGAUUUGUGCCCUGGAUUUCUGGGGCAUUUCUGGGAUGGAGACACGGACUAUCGACUUGUCUAUCCUUGUCAUGGGAUUGCGAGGUGACGCAGAAAGUCUUGCUGAAAGCUUCGUUGCUGGAGUCCCUGCGGCCCAGCUUGGAAAGUGCUGAUCGGAAGGAAGCAUGUAAGGCACUUCUGCUUCUCUGCGACGCCGGCCUCAUGGAACGCAUCACCUGCAUCCCCGCGCGCCACGCCUCCGCCGCCCUGGCCCUGGCGGAGCGCGCGGAGCGGCAAAGGUCAGGCGCUGCAACGUGGAAGGAGUUGCUGAAGCCGGGGCCACUGAGAGCAUUGGCGCUGAAGCAGUUGGAUGAGGAAUCCGUGGGAGCUCUUUUCCGAGUGGCUGCAGCCUUUGGAGUUGAUGUGGUCCUGCUGGAUUCUUCUUGCGGCGACCCCUUCCAUCGCCGAUCUGUGCGGGUCUCAAUGGGCCAGGUGCUGCGUGUGCCAUGUGCCAUGGGAAGUCUUGAGGAGCUUCUCCCUCAAUUGCUCAGGGACGAGGAUGUGGAUGCUGUUGCCCUUUGUGAAGACGAAGAUGAGAGCUGCGUCUACCUGGACAAGUUGUCAACGAUUCAUCACCGCUGGGUCUGCCUCAUAGGAGCCGAGGGCAAUGUGGAUUUGAUGGCCUGCUGCAGGCAUCGAGUGGCGAUCCAAAAAGUGGCCAAGGGUGUGUCCCUGGGCGUGGCUGUUGCUUCCAGCAUCAUGUUGAAUGGCUUGGCAGAGAGAGAUGGUCGAACUCCGAAAGUAAGUGUUGAAGAAGCAUUCAAUCGGACGUUAAUGGAGCCGAUGCUGCCCGAAACGGGGGGAGAAAGAGUGAUGUGAAA